CUUAGAUUUGUUUACAGACGAAACGGUGAAAGUGAAAAUGCCUUGCUACAUAUCGCAUUUGUUUGAUUUCUCCCAGUACCUUUAAGAGAUUCCGACUGGCAGCAAAACCAAAGACUAAAAAUGAAUAGUACUUCGAAUCAGCAGACACCUCGGGUGUCAGUGUUUGGAUAUUUUAAAUCUGAGUUGACAAGAGGUUACCUGUUGGAAAGGGAUCAAGAAAAAUUUACAGAAAGAAGACAGAGAGUGUAUACAUUUAUGAAAACACCAAGGGAACUUGAAAAGUUCUUGCUUUAUGGGUAUUUGCACUGCAUGGAUGCAUUCCUAUUUAUUUUUACAUUCCUACCUCUCAGAAUAGUUGUAGCAUUCCUCAAGAUAUUAACUCAUCCAUGUGGGUUACUCUCAUCAAGGACCAGACAUAUAUUAGAGCCAGCCCAAGCUUGUGAUAUUCUAAAGGGUAUUAUUCUAGUGGUAUGCUGUAUUAUAGUCAACUAUAUAGACACGUCCAUGAUGUACCACCUAGUUAGAGGUCAAGCUGUUAUCAAACUGUAUGUCUUCUAUAACAUGUUGGAUAUGGCAGAUAGACUGUUUUCAAGUUUUGGACAAGAUAUUUUAGAAGCAUUAUUCUGGACAGCAACAGAACCAAAAGAUAGAAAGAGAGAACAUGUGGGGGUCAUACCACAUCUUAUAUUGGCUAUUAUUUAUGUCAUUAUACAUACAUUGUUGAUUUUGUUCCAGGCUACUGUAUUGAAUGUAGCAUUUAAUUCUCACAACAAAGCUUUGUUAACGAUAAUGAUGUCAAAUAAUUUUGUAGAAAUUAAAUCUAACAUGUUUAAGAAGAUAGAUAAAGGUUUUCUCUACCAUAUAGCCUGUAGUGAUGUAAAGGAAAGAUUUGUAUAUGUUAUACUGCUGAGUGUAGUCUUCAUUAGAAAUAUGACAGAGUUCUCCUGGAAUCCAGAUCAUAUUUGGGUGAUCAUUCCAGACGCAGUUUUAGUAUUAGUAGCUGAGUUGUUCGUAGACUGGAUUAAACAUGCUUUCAUAGUCAAGUUUAAUGAAAUACCAGCUGAUGUUUACCAUUCCUUCUCUGUAAGACUAGCAGAAGACCUUGUGGCCAACAGACAGAACAGGGCUUACAUAGAUUAUUCUGAUCUGUUGGCAAGGAGGAUGGGAUUUACACCACUACCAUUAGCCUGCCUACUGGUCAGGAUAUGUACCAGAUCAUUUAAGAUAUCAGGUUCUCUUGGUAUCUGUAUUAUAAUUGCUUUAUAUUUAUGUUUGAUGACAUUUAAAGUCCUAACAAGUAUAAUAGUCCUAGGUAAAGCCUAUGAUCUCAUUAAAGACAAACCGAAGGAAACAGAAACAACAAACCCUACAGAGAAACAAUGUUCAACAGAAUCAAGCGAUGUAUUUGCUGACUCUUCGCAAAUUCUAACACAGUCCAGCUUUGUGGAUAAUAUUGGACCUGAUAUCGAAAAACAGCCAAAAGGAAAUCUUAAUAAUUCUUUGAAAAGUAACAGCUCUAUUUCAGAAAAGUCUAUGACUAGCGACUUAUCCACAGAAAAUGUGACUUUAUCAGGUGACCAUAUGACAUCAAUACAAACAGUAUUUACAGAAGAAAUAAAUAUUUCUAAAUCAGAAUUAUUUUCUCAAGAAUCAGUAACAGACAGUUAUAUAAAUGAGGGAGAUGAUACAGUAAUUUUAGAAGAGAAAAAGGAUAAAAAUGAAGAUACUGUUCAUGAUACUGAUAAACCUGUUAAAUCUUAUGAUAAUCCUAGAGAAGAUGAAGUUAGGCACAGAAAAAUUACUGUAGAGAAUAAAGAUUUAAGUCCUGAAUAUUUAUAAAUGCAACAACAGCUUCUAUUUUACUACUGUUGGAAGAAAAUAAUGUGCAAUUAAUGUUUGUCUUAUCUACAAUAUAGGUAGUUCAAAGCUAGAGACAGGUGUUACUUUUCAGGGUCGUUGUUAAGAUGUUGUAUACAGCUAUUAUAUAUCAAGGGUAUUAAAAAGCAGAGACAAUCCAUGAUUAUAACAUACAUACCUCAUGAUUAAACUCUGGCGAGGCAAAAUGUUUAUGAUGUCAAGAUCUACCUACAAUCCAUUUAGACCAAAAUUGUCAGACAAUUUUUUAUAGGAGUUAUUAUCGAUUUGUUUUACAGAAGGUUUGAAACUUGAACAAUAAAAUACUUUGAAUUGAAUUGAAUUGAAUUGAAAUCACAAUUUUUACUAGUUUUGGCCAAUUAACUUAAAAACUAUAAUGGAUAGACAGAAACUGUCUAGCUAAAAGAAUCAAAUAGACUAAAAUACAAUGUGACCAAUGCACGAUCCUUGGAGCCCUUGUUUGUUUUUAGCUUUUAGGUAUUAUAUCAUACAAAUGGUUUUCAAUUUUCCUUUAUUUAAAGUUAUUUUAGUAUUUUUUUGUUUCUGCUGCAAAGCUACCACGUCAGUUCUAGUACCUGUCAAUUCACCUUUUAUUAAGAUUUUUCAGGUGAGGCUUUUCUGUGUGUUCAAUCCUGUUGUUUUUUGUGCUUUACCACCAUUCCUAGCUAACAUGUAUUGUUAUUAUUAUUAUUGUUAUAUUUUUCUACUGUAUACAUAUACCAGAAAACUUUAUCUUUACAGUUUUAAAUUAAUAUUUUAUUUUAUUUCCAUCUUUAGCAUAUCUUGUCGAAAAGGCCAAGAAGAGCUAAUUACUUCAACUGAUAACUUUUGUCUAUCUUAGGUUCUUAAUGAACUUAUGAAACAUUGUUUUGUACAAAAUAACUUUUGAUAAAACUUAAUUUGAAUGAUUGCUUUGGGUAUGAAAACCAGUUUAACCAUUCUUAGUCAAGUUUAACAUUGGGGUGAAAUAGUUUUAAUAGUAAACAGUAAUCAACAAUAUUAAAAGACAAAUACAAUGAUCUAACACAUGUAUGUUAAACUGACAAUUACAUCAAACUUUUUAUGAAAAAAAUCAUAAUAAAACAUAAUUGUAAAUAAAAUUAAAAGAGUAAAGAUUUUUCUUUGGCCAUAUGAUCUGUGAUUACCAUCUAACUAUUUUCAUGCACAUCUCAUCUAAGUAGGGCCAUACAAAAACAAUUACUAGCUUCUUAGGCCAAUUUAAAAAAAAAUUUUGAUGUACAAAAUUUAUUAAAUAUUAUGAAUAAAAGGAGAUGUUGGUUGUAUAUCAAUUAGACAGCUAUCCAUCGAAAAAAAAUAACUAACUAAAAGAAGUCACGCGAGCAACAUACAGUCUUCAAAAAUAGACAGGUGUCUAUACAAUAUGUCAAGUGGUAAAUCUUCCUGAGUCUAUUAAAGUUUUGAAUAAAUUAAACAGAACCACUCUCAAAGAUCUACUAUCAACACAAAAUACUUGAGAAAGAACACUAAGGUAAUCAUGAUGAAGUAAAUUGGUAAUAUCAGUCCGGGAAAACUCUGAAUUCGGCAACGUUGUCAAAUUCGGCAACGUUGCGGAAUUCGGCAACCUUGGUUAUUUAUACAUAUCUAACUACAGUUAACCAUCAAUACUUGUCAUUUUUAAACAGCUGAUAAGAAAUUAUAAUAGUAUAUAAUCAGUAUCUUAUACUUUAUUUUUUGCAAUAACAAGAUUCUGCCAGAAUAAGAUCUACCCAAGUAAGACUUAUGAAGCAAAUCACAUGCCUUCAAAUACUAGACAACAACAGAUCUGAAUAAAACAUUUGUAAAGAAAUAUUUUAAUGUUAAUGUAAUUUACAUGUUUAUAAAUGUUGCUUUUUGUGACACCGUCAGAUUUACUGACUUAACACCAUAGAGGGUGCUUUGAUUUAAUUAUUUAUGUAAUGAAUUGUUUUUUGUGCUUCUCUCUACUAUGCAGUAUGGCUUUUGAAUAUGUAUGAUUAUAUAAAAAAAGAUUUUUGUGGAAUUUACAAAAUAAAAAAAAAUAUUAUA